AUGCUACCAAAUAUCUCCCAAAAUAUCCUCCUCAAGGUUUUUCACCCUAAGGUAUCUAAUAAGUCUGCUACUUCUGCAGGUUCACCAAAUUCAGCAGGUCCGGCAAAUCCAGCAAAUUCAGUAGCUAUGGAACUUCAAUCAAAAUGUACACAGCACAGUUCGAAAGCUGGAUAUACAUGCGCUGCUAAACUACAAGGACCAAGGGGGAUUCAUCUGCUGCUAAGUAGGAAGGUUGGUGGAUGGUGGGUGGUGUGUGGUUUGUGGGAGGGGAGGAUUGUGGGGUGGGCAAGGGGAGGAAAGGGAGGAAGGGAGGAAGAGGGAGGGAGGGAGGGGAUGGGUGGACCGGAAUAG